GCGUAGCCUAAACGAAUCAGACAUAUCCGACUGGGGAUGUUCAUAGGAUUCCUAUUUUAUACUCUUCUUCCUUUUCUGUUAGCCCAGCAGCAGGAAGCCUCGCAAUCAAUUCCAAUUGAGGCGAGUCAACCAAUAACAUUAAUACCAGGCGAUAUCAUUUUGGGCGGACUAUUUCCAGUACAUGAACGCGGCGAGAAAACACCAUGUGGUCAAAAAAUUUAUCAUCGCGGCCUGCAGAGGAUGGAAGCUAUGAUGUUCGCUAUAGAUCGUAUCAAUGCAGAUCCAAACAUCUUGCCGAACAUCACCCUUGGAGCUCAUAUUAUUGAUACUUGUUCCAGGGAUACGUACGCCUUGAAUCAAUCUCUGCAGUUCGUUAGGGCUUCGGCACUUAACAUUGAUACCAAUAACUAUGAGUGUCAGGAUCAAUCAAUUCCACGUCCUAAGAAUAAUCAUUCUGGACCAGUUGUCGGAGUGGUGGGAGGAAGCUACAGCUCUGUUUCACUUCAAGUGGCAAACCUGUUGGGGCUGUUUCGAAUUCCUCAGAUUUCACCUGCCUCUACCGCCAAGGCUUUAAGUGACAAAACUCGCUUUAAGUAUUUCGCACGUACAGUACCUCCGGAUACUUUUCAGUCAAGUGCGUUGGUGGAUAUUGUUAAGAGCUUUAACUGGUCUUACGUUUCUACUGUUUACUCUGAAGGGUCUUAUGGGGAGUAUGGCAUAGAAGUCUUUCAUAGAGAAGCUCUGGAACGUAAUGUGUGUAUUGCUACCGCUGAGAAAAUACCCAGUAAUGCUGAUGAUAAGGAGUUUGAUGGAAUCAUUAUCAAGUUAAAGAAGAAAAUGAAUGCUAAAGGAGUGAUUUUGUUUACUAGGGCUGAAGAUGCUAGACGAUUACUAUUGGCAGCAAAACGCGCAAAUGUAACAGGCGAGUUUUAUUGGGUAGCAAGCGAUGGCUGGGGUAAACAACAGAAACUUGUAGAAGGGAUUGAGGAGGUCGCUGAAGGCUCAAUAACAGUUGAACUACAAUCCACAAAUAUUCCAGAGUUUGACACUUAUAUGGCCAAAUUGACUCCAGAACAAAACAGCCGGAAUCCGUGGUUUGAGCAAUACUGGGAGGAUUUCUUUCAAUGUUACUUACCGAGAAACUUACCUUUGGAAACUGAAGUCUCUUUUACUAUUUGCAAUGAAGACCUAAGGCUCGUCCCUGAAAACGGAUACGAACAAGAAAGCAAAGUUCAAUUUGUGGUAGAUGCUGUUUUUGCUUUUGCAUUGGCACUAGACAGACUUCAUAAAGAUGUGUGCUAUGAGUACGAGAAUUAUGGUGUUUGUCCCACUAUGGCACAGUACGAUGGUGGCGAAUUUUACCAAAAUUACAUCCUGAAUUUGAAUUUUACUGAUUUGGUGGGAAGUCCAGUGAAAUUUGAUAAGCACGGUGAUGGCCUUGCACGUUAUGAUAUUCUAAACUACCAACGCUUACCCAACUCUUCCGGAUAUCAUUAUAGGGUGGUGGGAAAGUGGUUCAGCUCCCUGGAAUUAAAUCACGACUUUCUAAUAUUCGACCACAAUAUUACAACCGCCCCGGUUUCCGCCUGUUCUUUGCCCUGCGAUGUCGGUAUGAUAAAGAAGCAACAAGGUGAUACAUGCUGCUGGAUCUGCGAUAAAUGUGAAGAAUAUGAAUUCGUUGCUGACGAGUUUACUUGCAGAGAUUGUGGUCCAGGGUACUGGCCUUACUCCGAUAAAACAUCUUGCUAUCCCUUGGAAGUUGAGUACAUGCGCUGGAAUUCUCUCUAUGCCAUUAUCCCCAUUAUAUUUUCUUGUCUAGGAAUCAUCGCCACAUUUGGAGUAAUCGGUUUGUUUAUAAAACAUAAUGAUACGCCAUUAGUGCGGGCAUCUGGAAGAGAGCUGAGCUACAUGUUACUAUUUGGAAUUCUCCUUUGCUACCUAAACACGUUCGCUUUACUAGCCAAACCAUCGUUUGCCAUCUGCGUUACCCAAAGGUUCGGCGUCGGGGUAGGAUUUUCCAUUAUCUACGGCGCAUUACUCACUAAAACCAACAGGAUAUCUAGGAUCUUUGACUCAGCUUCAAAAUCGGCAAAACGGCCCAGUUAUAUUAGUCCAAAAUCCCAAGUCAUUAUUACUUGUACCCUUAUUGCUGUGCAGAUUAUAUUGACGCUUGUUUGGAUGAUCAUUGAACCUCCGGGGACUAGGUAUUACUAUCCUACUCGUAAAACGGUAAUUCUGAAAUGCAAGAUCCAAGAUAUGUCGUUCCUUUUCUCGCAACUGUACAAUAUGCUGCUCAUUACCACAUGCACCGUUUAUGCCGUAAAGACCCGGAAAAUUCCGGAGAACUUUAAUGAAUCCAAAUUCAUCGGCUUUACCAUGUAUACUACCUGCGUUAUUUGGCUUGCCUUCAUUCCGAUCUAUUUUGGAACUGGAAAUUCAUAUGAGACACAGAUAACCACUCUUUGCAUUGCAACAAGCAUGAAUGCUACGGUCGCUUUGGUAUGCUUAUACUCACCCAAAGUUUACAUCAUAGUCUUUCAUCCAGACAAGAAUGUUAGAAAGCUAACCAUGAACAGUGCUGCUUACAAGAAAUAUAAUACUCAACCCUCUGCUUCCUAUGCUACAUCUUCCAUAUCAAGAGGUACCCCAGGAGAGAUUAUCCCUAUGGAACGUCUUGGUGCCGCAACUCCCUCCCGCAGCUCAUGUGCCGGAGUCCAGACUGACCCAUUGGAAUCUACUGAACCUUCUGCUGAAGCUGAGCAGUCUGCUGAACAAUCAGCUGAACAAUCCGCGGAGCUAUCUGAGGAUAUAUCGCUUCUCUGAGAUUCACUCAAAAACGAUUCCAACCGUUCAGAUCGUCCGAGAAAGAAAAUAACCAUAGUUACUAUCGAGAUACCGCCGUCAACAUCAGAAGAAGCAUAAAUUUUACAAAGAGCUUUAUUUGAGGAUUUAUUAUUUAAUGCUUUUUGGAUUUUCUGGGCAAAACACAAAAAAUAUUUUUUUUAAUGCGUUAUAAAAUAAUGCUCAUAAUUUCAUACGGGGUGUAAGUGCGUGGCCAAAAUUUUAGAGGAGAUUGUUGACUAAAUUUGUAUAAACUUAGAUGCCUUGUUUUUGUAAUACAGGGUGUCAGAUUGAAAAAUAUUUGUUGAUCGUGAAAAACUUAACAACUGUUUAGUCUAAUAGUGUUACAAUUUCUAGUAUUUUAUGGUAGAUGCUUUACUAGCCUUUACUAAAUUUAAAUUAUUACGUUUAUGGCAUCACUAGAGAAGCCUUGACCCAUAUUUUUCGUGCUUUGGCGACCAUCAGCAGCUAAGUAAAAGUAAUUUGGGGGUAAAAGUGAAUUGAUUUGGAAAAAUUGUCAUUACCUACGUUUCUUUUUUUGUCUAAAAUCAUUUGCAAAGAAAUACAGAAGGAGAGUAAAAUCAAGAAGUAGAUAUCCAUUUUAUAUAUUAUAAAUAGAAUUAUGCAUUUAUUUAUCUAUAAUAUCUUAUUAGUUUAUUUUAUUUAUGUCACUAUUACCUUUGAAGUAUAUAAUAUUAUUUAAAAAUAAUAAUUUAAUAGGUGUUUCGAUUGUUAAUGUCGAUUUUUUUUCUGAUUUCAACAUUUAUUAUCAUACAAAAACAGAAUAUUAAAAGUAUUGGCCAGUUGUCCAAAAAAGCGUUGUUCUGAAAAUCCGUGCUGCAUUGAUCGAAAUAAAGUGAGAUGGAGCCAAGUCUGGAGACUACGGCGAGUAUGGAAGGACGUCCCACUUGAUAUUUUCCAAAUAUUUUUUAACACACUUUGCAACAUGAGGUCGAGCAUUGUCAUGUUGAAGUAUAACUUUGUAUCUUUUCGGCGUAGGUACUCUGGAUGUUUUUCCUUUAAUGCUCGAUUAAAUUUGAUCAACUGUUGAUGCUAUCGUUCUUCAGUUAAUUGUUUAACCAGGUUUUAGCAAUCCGUAUUAAACAUCACCUUUACUAUUCAAAGCAUAAACUUUUUCCGUGUAUAUUGCGUACAGGUUGUGUGAUGUUAAUAGCUGACCUGGAUCUACCUAUGAAACCCUGCGCUUUGAAUUAUCAAACUAAAUCCACUUUUCAUCAGCUGUGUUAACACAACGCAAAAAAUCUUCUCUUUUUUGUCUGGCGAGCAAAAUUUCACAAAUAGUUGUUCGCCUUUAAAUGUCUUUUAAUUCAUAAGGAACCCAUUUUCCUUCUUUUUGAAUCAUACCCAAUGCGUGCAGACCUUCGGAAAUAGUCGAUUAGGCAACAUUUAAUACUUCUGCUAACUGCUUCAAUGCCUAAGUUGCGUCUUCAUACAAUAUCCAAAUUUCACAUCAAAAUCACCAUUUUUGAAUCGUUGAAAUCAUCGUUAACGCGUUUUUUAGGUUAAAGCAUGUUUCCCAUAAGCUUUAACCAACAGUCAAUUACUCAGCAGCCGUUUUAUUUAAAUUAAAGAAUGUAAUAAGGUUUUCAUCAUUUUUAUUUAAAUGAAAGAAUGUAAUAAAAUACAUGCAGAGGUGCUUAAGAUUAUCGCAAACCAAGAAGACAAAGGCUCAGAACUUAUAGUGGAAUUAUUCAAAACCAUUUACAGUAUAGGAAAAAUCCCUUUUGAAUGACUCGAUUUAUCGAAGUUAAAAUUCACUUCUUUAGCAAUCCCCUAAUAAAAGUUAAACCAAUAGGGAAGUGAUUAAAAACUUUUUGACCUUCAUAUAACAAAAACCUUUUCACCAAAGUACUCUUAGGAAUAGGUAAGAGUAAAUUAAGUUUUUGUAUCACAUGCAGUGGUGUUGGACCUUGCAGCCUGAGACGAUUUUUAUAAAUAAGGGAAGAUGUUUUCAAAACGAAUAGAGAAGUCAGCGUCAAGAUUUUCUGUUCCACAAAGUGCGUUCUACAAGAAUCUCUUUGAGAAACAUUUACAAUGAAUCUAACUGCACUCUUUUGAAUAGUGGUAUACCAUAUCGGAAGAGUGACUCAAAUAAAGGAAAAUAUACAAAUCUAGCCAGUUGGUACUCAAUUCUUCCCUAACAUUCCUCACCGCAAAGUAUCCCGAAGAGAAUCCCCUACUUAAAGCCAGAAUGUGCUCCUCAAACCACAGAUCACAGUCAAUCAUUCCCAAGAACCUAGCCUCAGGCAUCUGAGAAAGGAGAUUUUCAUUAAAAAGUAAAUCUGUAAGAUCACAUUUUAGUCCCAUCAAGUGAGUCUUGCUCAGGUUUAAACACAAGCGAUUGCAGUCGAACCAUUCUUUAAUGAUAAUUAAAUCAUCAAUUAUGGUUCGCUUCUGCCCCGGACCUCUAUAUCUUGCCAUAGUAUUGAAGUAUCGUCGGCAAAAAGGGUGAAGCAUCCAGAGAUGUCCAACAAGAUCAUUAAUAUAUGUAUAGCAGGAACAAAACUCUACAACAAAAUUAGACAAUACAGUGAACGAUUCGGACUGCACAUGAACACUUUCAAGACCAAAUUAAUCGUUUUCUCCUAGGUACAUAUCACCGCAACACUUUUGAUCAAUGGCAGAAAUGUCGAACAGGUAUCAUCUUCAAAUAUCUUGAAACCAUAAUCAACUUGCUGUGCGACCCGAAGCGGGAGAUGCAUUCCAGAAUAGAGCAAGCCAGGUAAAUUUCACCUGAUUAAAGCAGUUCUUCAGUUUUGAUUUGAGCUUGGAUCUCAAAAUGCGCAUGGUCAGGUGCUAUAUUUGCAGUGUAUAUCACGAUGAUAGUGAUGUGAAGGCUGGACACUCGCUUUGAUAACUGAGAGAAUGAUUAAGGCUUUAGUCGCCGCAUGCUUCGUAUCUCAUGAAUUCACCGAGUUACAAAUAAAGACGUAUUAAGAAAAAUGAAAAAGGCAAAAGAGUUAUUAAACAUCAUUUCGAGAGAAGAGAGAAAAACAAGAGAUAUAGGCCUAAUCAUACGAGGCGAAAAACACGAAUUACUGAGGCUGAUAAUUGGAGAAAAGAUUCAGGGAAGAAUAUCUGUUGGAAGAUGUAUGAUGAUGAUUUAGUUGAUAGAUGAGAUUUUUAGAGCUGCUGUAUCUAGUACAAUGUUAGUUAUAUGGAUCGCUACCCUUCGUGAGAAGAGGGCGUGAUAAGAUCUUGUGAUAAAAAGAGAGAGAUGUUGAUUCUCGAAUCCAUGGAUACCCACUUCAAUUUAAGCAAUUCAUGUGAAACGUAUUUUAUAAAUAAAUUGGAUACACAAAUUUUGUGUUCUUAGAUCUGCAUCAAAAAAAGUCCGUAAAUUAAACCUAAAUUUCUGCCACUGUCAGCAAUUUUGAUUCGCUAGUCACACAUAAUCAGCCGAACAACAUUGUACACAUUUUUUGAAUUAUUAAAGAAUGCUUAGAAGAUACUUCCAAGAUCCCCAUUAAUUACUUCAAAUGCAUCUUCUUGAUUAUUAGAAGGAAAAAAAAUUAAACGUCGUCGGCGUAAAAAUGAAUACCACGUUGACGCACAAAUUUGCAAAAGUGAUAGUAUAAACAGCAAACAAUAGCAACUCCAAGACCGUAUAGUACCCGAUAUCUUUUUCUUUUUUUUUUUUCGAAAAAAGGCGGCCUCGAUUUUGUAACACCCUGUACGUCUGGCAAAAUUAAAAACAGCAAAUUUAAAAACGAUGUAUAUCUAUUAAUUUAUUCCUUUUUGUUUGUCAUAUUCACUAAUCUUGCCCAUAACCAUGCAAUGAAAUCACUUUUUUCUCAAAAACAGUUAAAGGUUCCAAAAAAAUUAAAUUUACUCAAUAAAAAAAAAUUAAUUCCAUAAAAUUUCUUCUCAGUGCAACUAAAGUAAGUAAUUUUGAAUUUACUUAGGGCCAAAACAGCAAUUUUCUACCCUAAACAAUACUGACAAAAUCAGCUAAGCAGUUAUCAAUUUUUUUAUUUGACACCCUAUCUCGAAAACAAAAGAUUAUCGGACCUAAGUUUACAUAAACUUUUCCCUUAGAACCACGUCUUAAAGUUUAACGCACGCCUCUAAAACCCUGUAUAUGCAAACUUGCUCAUUACGUUUAAUAAUUUAUUUAGCUGAGAAGUUUAAACAGUGCCAAAAAUGUUUCUUUUAACAAAUUAAAUAUGGCUGAAAAUAUUUUAACAUGCGUAAGAUACUUAAUGAUAUUUCUUCUACAAAUUUUUUGAGAAUUGGUAAGCAUUUUAAAUGUAUUUUCUCAUAAAAAUGUAUGGGUGGCAUCGAUAAUUUACAAAAAGCAUUUUCUAAAAGUUUUUAAGUAUAAUUAAUACCAAGUAUAUUAUCGCACCUACUCGUCUCAGUAACUGACUAUAAUCAUAUGGUACUAAAUGUUUUAUUUAUUAACUAUUUUAAUUAACAAGAGUCUUGAUAUUGAAUUAUCCUUUAUCAGGCACUUGCUAAUUUAACCUAUAAGUAUUAAACGAUACCAAAGAUGAAAGAAACUCAUUCAGACUGUUUUUUGAUUACCAGUUAGAAAUUUGUUGCUAAAUGUUUGGCGAGAAAUUUUUAACUUUACGACAAGUUUAAACAAAAUAUAUUAUGUCUUUAGAGUUAGAACACAAUGGUUUUACCGAUGUAUUACUGUAUAAGCCUAAUUUUAGGACGAAAAAGACAUUAUGUUAACUUAAACGACUGUCUAAUUAUGUGAUAUUUCGUUAAUAUUAAUUUUAAUUAUUAUUAAGGUCCAACUUGUUUGUUACCUAAAUAUAAAAAAUAGACCUUCAGUUAAAACUCCUUUGAAACCGCCGGCGUCAAUCAAAACGAAUUAAAAGUUUCGUAAAUACAUAUUUUUAGGCUUUUUUUUUAUAUUACAAUUUUGUUACGUUUAAUUAUUUUGUUACUUGCUAAACGUCUAUUAAAAUUGUUGUAAGAGUAUAUUCUAUAGAGCCAACGGAAUUACGAUCGAAACUAAUAAAACAAAAUAACCGACAGAAACAAAAAUAAAUAUGUAGAUUUACAUUACACCCACUUAAUAUUUUGUUACCAAGUUUCUACAGAGUAUUUUUUGAAACUUUUGAAUGUAUCUUAAUUUUGUUGGCUAUUAAAUGUUAAAUAUUUAUUAUGUAUGGUAUAUUAUAUAUAAGGCAACUUUGUAAGCAGGUUUAUCCAUUUUCAAUACAGGCUGAUAUUAAAAUAAAAACAGAAGAGUCUGGAUAAAUCUAGCAAUACAAAUAUUAAGUAGUCUCUAGAUCCCAAGCAUCAAUGUUUAGGUAGCCUUUGGUAUAGGUGUCCUAUAUUCAUACAGGGUAGUUCUGAACCACAUUCAUUUCUUCCUACCGAAUUAGGAAAAACAAGAAGGAGAAAGAAAACGGUUUUUCCUAAAUCCCAUACAUUCCUAAAAGGAGCUUACAUAUUACACUUAAAUGUUCGCCCUUUUAAUGAAUAAAUAGAUAAAUAAGGUUGUUGCUUUUUAUCUCAUAACGGUUAUAAAACUAGCCGGUUUUAAAACCCUCUAACCUAAAAACGACAUAUCAACAUAAAUCGUUUAUUAAAGCUAUAAAAUAUUUCACUUUUGUAACAAACUGUAAAUACAUUUUAGUGGAAGUUAUUGCAAAUUAAAAUUUUUAAUGCAGUUUUAGUUUUGUUUGUAAAAUUUGACACCUUUAAAAUGUUCUCUCUUGGGUCAAAAAUAUAGUUGCAGCAUUUAAGAAAGCUAAAAUUUAAAACAAUUUACUAAAAAUGCAGUAAAGUAUUUUAAUUUUCUGAUAUUUUGUUCAAUUAUUUCAGCGUUAGGAAAUGAAACUAUAUUAAAAUUUAGAUGGGUAAAUAAAUUUUAGUGACAAUGUAAAUGGAUAGAAGUAUAUUAUUUUGUAGCUAAUUCAAAUCGAGUCAAUAACAAUUGAGCAAAUUAAGAAACUGGGUUAAAUUAUGCCAGGACUUCCAUCCAAAAUAAGAAAAUUUAUAAUAUAUUAUUAAAAAAAAUACUUGCAAUGGGGAAUUAAGAAAUAUGGAGAACACGGAAAAUAAAUAAUCGAAAAUACAAAAAAAUACAUUAGUGAGGUAUUUAAAAGCACUUCACUUUUUACAUUCAUGAUACCUUAGGUGUUACAGUAAUUGUUCAUUAUAAUCACAGUUGAAAUUAAAUGUUAAACCAUUAGAAUUUGUCAGUGUGAUGUCUUAAUGUGCAACCAAUUAAAUGAGGCACAAUAAGCCUUUAAUGAUGCUGUCAUAAUACACGUCAAUGUUUCCUAAAAUAUCUCGAUGUUCAAAAAUUUUCUUAAGAGUGCGUUUCUUCAUAUUUAACAUACUUUUCCUAAUAAACAUUCAAGUUUUUUUGUCAAAAAGGUUUGCAAAUGAAGUUCAAAUUUAUGUAAAAUUCUAUUAAAAUUGUAUUUAUCAAACCAUCGUGAGUGCAAGUUUAAGCGAUUUUUGGAAUUUAAAUACGCACUCUUAAGGCAUGCUAUAGGUGUUUUUAAUCAAAUAUUGGUGUCCAUUUACUAUACAUAUAUUCUCACUAGGUGGCUGUUAGGAAGUGGACUGGAGAAAACUGUGAAUAAACUUCAUUAAGAUUAACAAUAACUAAGCAUCAAACUAAUACCUUUAGAACCUGCGGUAAUUUUAAUUAUGAAAAAAAAUUCUUGAGAAUAAUCGGUAGUAACUUAAAAAUACAUUUUUGUUGCAAGAUAAUGCUAGAAACAGCUCGAGUUUCAUUAAAUUUAUUAAGCUACAUUCCGAAUAGUCACCUAUAGAGACGGAUACGUUAGAAUUAUUUCAGUGUUUCUCAUAAACCUACCCCCUGAAUUUAACUAAAUAAAUGGUAUUGCAAAGUA